CAAAACCCUAAUUCCGAAGCCCAACCCACCCCCGCCUCUUGCCCCAACUCUCUCCCUGCCGGCGCUCUCCCCGUGCCGACGACCGACGUCUGCAAGAAGGAAAGAAGCUAUGAAGGUGUUCCAGGUGACCGGGAGCACUACCCUCUCCCUCGCUCUUUUCACCGACGUCACCAAUAGCAGGCAACUUCUGGACUCUGUGCAGACUGGAAAACUGGAACCAGAAGUAGCACUGCUCAAUGCAUCGCUAAUACCAGAUGUUUUCCCCAUUCUAGCUGCAGCUUAUAAGGCACUUGUAUCCAAAUCAAGGGAAUCACUAACAACACGUACUCUUCAUUCUGAGCUUAUUUAUAACUACUCCGGAUCUAAACAUAUAACUGAAUCAUUAAAGAGAUGUGGAAUUUCUGAUGACACAACCUAUGUUCUUGCAGCUCGUUUUGCUGCAUCUCAUGAUGAGAUGAAAGAUGUGGAGAAGCUUAUAAAGGGCAAAGAGAUUGAUCUGUUAGAGUUGGAAGGGAGAGCCAACAAUGCACAGAUCCAAAAGCAUUAUAAGAUAACCCCUCAGGAAUUAGCAAUAUCUUCGCUAUCUGAUGCAAUCGUCUGUAGGAUUGCAGCUCGAGAUGCCUUGUAAGGCAUUGAAUAGAUAUCAACAUAAGUGGCACAUUGUUCUCCAUCUUCAAGUUUUUUUUUGUUAUUCUCCAUGUGCUCUUGAACCAAAAAACAAAGCAAUAUUAUGAAUAUCAGUCCCUGAAUUCUAGCCAUUUUGUUUUGACUUGUGGACUGUGGUUCUCUAAAGUUCUUUUGUAUCAUUGUAUGAGAUUCUGUCCCCAAGAAAGGUUUAAUUUGAUUUUGGAUCUGAAUAUGAUACAA